GCCCAAAUGGCAACAUUUUAAAUUCGAAAUAACCGUUGGUUACAAUCCCCAUAUCCGGUAACAGAGUCUUUGGGGGGACCCAUGGCUCCUCAAAAUGGAUGGUCUGGUGGUCUUGCCGGAGGACGAAUAAUACAGGACGGAAGCUCCCACUUGCUUGCAAUGAGUCUGGCCAAUGGGCACUCCAAGCUAUCAACUCUGACUAUGUUAAUGGAAGGAUAUGGAAACCACAACGUGUUUGUUAAAAUGCCCACAAGGGACACAGAGUUGUGUUCAAGAAGGAUGUGCAUCUUCUGUUUAGAGUCGGUCGCCUUAGUUGAAUGGUCACUUAGAAAGUGAAGGAAUGCUUGGGAAUUGAAGGAUUAUACCAUACAAGAUGCGGCCAAGGUAAUAAGGGAAUGUGCUGGUUCAGGUGUUUCAUGGUUUGUGCUAUUGAAGGGACCAAUUUGAAAUUGUCGUUCUUGUAUGGACAGUGGAUGGGAAGGUUAGCUGUUAGUUGCAGCUGUGGUAAGAUUGUGGUUAUGGUGGCUGGAAAGGACCGUGUUGACUGCUCAGUGAGUGGAGAUUCUUUGGUGAAGUGGACCAAGAUGACACCAACUGUCAAACAAGAAAUUUGAGUUACUUCCAUUUCCAAUUUCGAGUUCGCGAAGGGGUUGAACAGCUGGCCUAAGUUGAAGAAGCUUCCUCCAAUUCCAAGAGUCCAGUCCUGGUAUCUUAACUUCCCAUAUACUUCUUCCUCUCAAAAGGUAGGUUUUCACCCAUUGACUCUCGAUCAUGUUCCACAUGUGCUUCAUGACUGCAAUCUUAUUCCAUGAGAAAAGAUUAGGACGACCUAACCCCCCACCCCUUAGCAACUGUUUUUUUAAGCAUUGUACCUGACCACAAAAAAGCCCUGAAAACACCAUUAAACUCAAUAAUAGUACUCUUAGGUAGGAUGAACUUUGUGCUGCAAUACAUUUGUGUGGAGAAAAGCACAGCCCUAAUAAGCUGCAGCCUCCCAGCAAUGUAAAGUUGUUGUAUAAGCGAUGUAGAGGCACGUGAUGCGACACAGGAGAGGAUCCAGUUUCUUUCUGUACUACAAACUCUAGGCAUACUAAUAAUAAAUUUGUACAGGUUCCAAUGUGUGCUUCAAUCUGGUCCUGCCAUUCAGAAGCAUUAAUGAGCUUUUCUGCUUAUUAUAUUCUUUUAUUUUGCCUCAAUCAUAAUCUACUACAGUUUGUCUCACAGCUCUUUGGCCGCUCUCAGUCACUUACUGUCAAAUUGAGUUCACAUAUUUUUGUCAAUAAGGUUAGACAGGAGUUGGAGAGCAGAGGUUUUCAAAUAAGAACUGGGUGUGAGGUGCAUUCUGUUUCCACAGUUGAUGAGGGUUGCUUUAUAAGAUGUGAAGAUGGUUCUCAAGAACUGUACAAUGGUUGCAUAAUGGCCAUCCAUGCUCCAGAUGCUUUAGAAAUGUUGGGGGAACAAGCGACAUGUGAUGAAACUAGAGCACUUGGUGCAUUCCAAUAUGUUUAUAGUGAUAUUUUCCUUCAUCGCGACAAAAGUCUAAUGCCCAAAAACCCAGCAACGUGGAGUGCAUUGAAUUUUCUUGGUACUAUGGAUAACAAAGUAUGUGUAACAUACUGGCUCAAUGUUCUCCAGAACAUUGGUGAAACAAACCUACCUUAUCUGGUUACUGUUAAUCCAUUUCACACACCUGAGCAUACAUUGCUGAAGUGGUCAACUGGCCAUCCACUCCCAACGGUUGCUGCAGCAAAAGCUUCCUUUGAGCUUGAUCGAAUUCAAGGGAAGAGAGGAAUAUGGUUCUGUGGAGCUUACCACGGAUAUGGAUUCCAUGAGGAUAAGCUAAAGGCUGGCAUGGGCGCUGCACAUAGUAUUCUUAAAAAGAGUGUUGCUGUUCCAAAUAAUCCAAGAUAUAUGGUACCUUCUUUGGCUGAAGCAUGGGCAUGCACUAUUGUUACCAAAUUUCUUCAACAUUUUAUCUCAACUGGCUGCCUAAUCUUAUUGGAAGGAGGAGGUACAGUUUUCACCUUUGAAGGAACAAGAAAGAAAAGUCUUCUUAAAACUUGUCUGAAAAUUCACAAUCCCCAGUUUUACUGGAAGGUUGCUACUCAAGCUGAAUUAGGCAUUGCAGAUGCAUACAUUAAUGGCGAUUUUUCUUUUGUUGAUAAAAGUGAAGGUCUUCUGAAUCUUUUCAUGAUUUUUAUUGCCAACACAGAUUUAAAAAAUUCUGUCUCAAGAUCUAAUAACAAAAGGGGUUGGUGGAUGCCAUUGCUUUCCACAGCUGGAAUUGCAUCCACAAAGUAUUGCCUCAAGCAUGUUUUGCGGCAGAAUACUCUUACCCAAGCUCGCAGGAACAUCUCUCGUCAUUAUGAUCUGAGUAACGAACUUUUCGCUCUAUUCUUGGAUGAAACAAUGUCAUACUCCUGUGCAAUAUUUAAGACGGAAAGUGAAGACUUGAAAGUUGCACAGCUAAGAAAAAUCUCAACCCUGAUUGAAAAAGCUAGAAUUGUUGAGAAACAUGAAAUUCUUGAUAUUGGGUGUGGUUGGGGAAGUUUAGCUAUUGAAGUUGUAAAACGAACUGGAUGCAAAUAUACUGGCAUAAGCUUAUCUGAGGAGCAACUCAGACUUGCGGAAAUGCGAGUGAGGGAAGCUGGCCUUCAGGACCGCAUAAGAUUUCUUCUCUGUGACUAUCGCCAACUACCUGAUACCUACAAAUAUGAUAGGAUUAUCUCUUGUGAGAUGAUAGAGCAUGUUGGCCACGAAUACCUUGAGGAGUUCUUUAGUCGUUGUGAGUCACUAUUGGCAGAAGAUGGGCUUCUUGUCCUACAGUUCACGUCAAUACCAGAUCAAACGUACGACGAGUUCAGGCGAAGCCCGGGCUUCAUGAAGGAAUAUAUUUUUCCUGGUGGAUGCCUGCCUUCAUUAAAUAGAAUAACAUCAGCUAUGGCGACUUCAUCUAGACUCUGUGUUGAGCACCUUGAAAGCAUAGGCAUUCACUUUUACCAAACACUCAGAUGCUGGAGGAAAAACUUCAUGGAAAACCAGAGCAAAAUUCUCACAUUGGGAUUCGAUGAAAAGUUCAUCCGGACAUGGGAGUAUUAUUUCGAUUAUUGUGCAGCUGGUUUCAAGACUGGUACGAUUGGAAAUUAUCAGAUUGUAUUUUCUCGACCGGGCAAUGUCACCAUGUUUGCUGAUGCAUAUGAGGAUCUACCUUCUGCUUGUUGAUCGUGUGAACCCUAGAAAGAUUGUAUUGUUUGAACCUUAUAUUUUGGCUGUCUCCUUUAUGGAUUGCUUUCUCUGAAGAUGAAUCAACUAUAUUCAGGAAAGGUGACAGAUGCCUAUACAUAAAAACUAUAUUCCUAUGGUUGCUGAGAAAAAUGCCUUUACAUAAAAAUGGCAUUGCUACUUACCCAAAUGACAACCAACUUGCGAUGUCAAUUUUGGCUUUAAUUGACCAUGUUAAUGUUACGAUUUGUUGAAUAAAUGUAAUUCAAAAAACAAAAUUGUUGUAUUUCUACGUUGUCAAACGAAUGUAUGUAUUUCAAAAGAAACCUUCCAAGGCUUGCAUGUUAUGAAAAAAAAUAAAAAAUAAAAAAAUCAAAGUUGGUUCACUUG